UCCAAAAAGCCGAAAGUGUGAAAAGAGAGAUGUAGAGCAGAGAGUCGAGAGAUAAGAAUAAUGUGAUUCGGACUUGCCAUGGCUGCUGUUGUUUUGCCGUGUGGCAGGUGGGCGGAGGGGAGGAAUAUGCGCGCCUUUCCAAUAACCUCAUUACUAGAACCAUUAUCUUCAUCUCCGGUCUUCUUCCUUAACGCUGCCACCUCUGCUUCUGCUUCUGCCAUAAUUAUAAAUUUAAAUAACCCAAACAAUAAGACCCCCCAAAUUCUUGCUGCUCCAAAAAGGAGCAUCUCUUUCCUCAAGUUCAUACGAUCGUCAACUUCAAACGUCGAUUUGGGUGGCGAUGAUUCUGAUGUUGACGAUUAUUCUUCUUCGCUAGAUGAGGAGGAGGAGGAGGAGGGCAAGUCAGACUUGGAAUGUGGGGAUGGUGAAUACUUUGAGAUUGAGAAGCUCGGGAGGAACACUCGCAGAAUUCGAUCCAGAAUUGCGAUUGACGCUCCCCUCUACACCAUUUGGAACAUUCUCACUGAUUACGAGAGAUUGGCUGAUUUCAUUCCUGGUCUUGCCCUUUGCCAAUUGCUCCAUAAGACUGACAACUAUGCUCGACUUUUCCAGAUUGGACAGCAAAACUUGGCAUUUGGGCUGAAAUUUGAUGCAAAAGGAAUUGUAGAUUGUUAUGAGAAAGAACUUGAGAGCCUUCCUUUUGGUCAAAAGCGUGAUAUUGAGUUUAAGAUGAUUGAAGGAGACUUUGAACUCUUUGAAGGAAAAUGGUCUAUUGAAGAGUCCAAUAGAGGAAGAGAUGAAGAUAGUGAGUCCUUGGUAGGCCAAAAAUUUUAUACAACUCUUUCGUAUUUAGUUGAUGUAAAGCCAAAGCUGUGGUUGCCUGUUCGGCUGGUUGAAGGUAGACUCUGCAAUGAGAUUCAAAUGAACCUUGCAAGCAUCCGAGAAGAAGCACAAAAAGCAGUUCACAACACCCUGGAUGUUCCUUAGUAUUAUAGACUUGUUCUGAUUUGUUGUCCUCUUCAAGUGUAUUUUCUAUUAAGUUUUAGCGCAGUUAGAAUCUUACAAUAUACGAUAUGAUUUACUCUUUUUUACUUUUUUAUUCAAUUAUUAGAUUGAAAAUAGUUGUGAAGUAGAAAAUCAAAGGUCAAGAGAGAAACAAAGAGCAAAGGAUUGAAAGUUCGGUGAAACUAUUAUUGUAAUGAAAUAAUAGCUUCUGUU